AUUUGCCAUUUUUUAUUAAUUAAACAAUAAAAACUUUGUUUGGAUAAGGGGAAACACACGUUUUUCCCUUAUUCUUUGUUCUCCCUCUCACCCCUUCCUCUCUUGCCCUUUUUCUGAUGCAGGGACUUGCAAUCGCCUUCUCCAGUCUUCCUUCCUCGUUUUUUGUCGCCGUUCACAAGUCGCUGGUAGGGGUGUCAAUGGACCGGCGGUAGUCCGUUUUUCUCCGGCGAUAUUCUCCUAACACCGGUGGUAGUCUCGAUGGUAUUUCCCUCUCUCCGGCGAUCUAUCACUGUUUAUUUUCUCUCGCUCUCUCACUCUCUCCAGCGACAACACUCCCCCUUCAAUCAGGCAAUCAUAUUUUGGUCAUUCUUUCUCUUGCAUCUCUUUCUUUCAAGCGAUAGGCUCCUCUGACCUCUGCGAUUUGUUCAUUCAGGAACAUUGAAGUAGGCUCCCAGUCAAACAUGGAAUCUGAUACAGGAGAGGGGUCAUUUUCCACUCAUGCAGAACUGCAUGAUUCCCACAGCGAAUCCAAAUUGGAAUUGUUUGGUUUUGAUUCUCUUGUCAAUAUUCUUGGUCUUAAGAGUAUGGCAGGAGAACAAAUUGCAGCACCCUCUAGUCCUAUAGAUGGGGGAAAUGGGGAGGAUGUUUCUAUAACUCUUGGACAACCAAAGCCAGCUGGUGUUAAACUGGGGACAAUGAUGGGUGUUUUUGUCCCAUGCCUGCAGAACAUAUUGGGAAUUAUUUACUAUAUUCGAUUUUCUUGGAUUGUUGGUAUGGCAGGCAUAGCCCAGUCACUGUUGCUGGUCUCUUUUUGUGGCUUAUGCACUUUUCUUACUUCAAUAUCAUUAAGUGCAAUUGCAACUAAUGGUGCAAUGAAGGGUGGAGGACCAUAUUAUCUCAUUGGUCGAGCCCUUGGUCCAGAGGUUGGAAUUAGCAUUGGGUUGUGCUUCUUCCUAGGGAAUGCAGUUGCUGGAGCUAUGUAUGUUUUGGGAGCUGUAGAAACCUUCCUAGAUGCUGUGCCAGGUGCUGGGAUAUUUAGAGGGAACGUGGUGAAUGGAAAUGAAAGUCCGAGCUUGCAUGACCUGCAAGUUUAUGGAAUCGUUGUGACCAUCAUACUGUGUUUUAUUGUAUUUGGUGGUGUGCAAAUGAUCAAUCGGGUGGCGCCUGCUUUCCUUUUGCCUGUUUUAUUUUCGGUGUUCUGCAUAUUUACUGGGAUUUUUUCUGCAAAAAAGGAUGACCCUUCACCUGGAAUCACAGGAUUGAGUAUGGAAACAUUUAAAGACAACUGGAGUUCAGAUUAUCAACGCACUAAUGACGCUGGAAUACCUGAUCCUAAUGGGAAGGUUUACUGGAAUUUCAAUGCAUUGGUUGGCCUUUUUUUCCCAGCCGUAACGGGAAUUAUGGCAGGUUCAAAUCGCUCUGCAUCAUUAAAAGACACUCAACGUUCAAUACCCAUUGGAACACUAGCUGCAACUCUUUUAACCUCUACUCUAUAUGUGAUUUCUGUGUUCUUUUUUGGAUCUCUGGCAACUCGAGAGGAGCUUUUGACAAACAGGCUACUUACAGCUACAGUGGCUUGGCCUUCUUCAGCAGUAAUUUAUGCUGGGAUUAUCCUCUCCACUUUAGGUGCUGCUCUUCAAAGUUUGACGGGGGCCCCACGCUUGCUUGCAGCAAUAGCCAAUGAUGAAAUCCUCCCAAUUCUUAAUUACUUCAAGGUUGCAGAUGGGGGUGAACCGAGCCUUGCUACCCUAUUUACAGCAUUAAUAUGUAUAAUGUGUGUCAUUAUUGGGAAUCUGGAUCUUAUCACUCCAACCAUAACCAUGUUUUUCCUUCUCUGUUAUGCGGGUGUCAACUUGUCUUGCUUUCUUCUGGAUCUUCUAGAUGCUCCCAGUUGGCGUCCACGGUGGAAGCUUCAUCAUUGGUGCCUCUCUCUUCUUGGAGCAUUUAUUUGUAUUGUGAUCAUGUUCCUGAUUUCUUGGUUAUUCACUGUGGUGUCUCUAGCCCUUGCUAGCCUAAUAUACUAUUAUGUGAUCCUAAAGGGGAAAGCCGGGGACUGGGGUGAUGGCUUCAAAAGUGCAUAUUUCCAACUUGCUCUUCGCAGCCUUCGAUCACUAGGAGCAAACCAAGUUCAUCCAAAGAAUUGGUACCCAAUCCCUCUUGUAUUUUGUCGACCAUGGGGAAAGCUACCAGAGAAUGUUCCUUGUCAUCCAAAACUUGCUGACUUUGCCAAUUGCAUGAAGAAGAAGGGUCGAGGAAUGUCCAUCUUUUUCUCCAUCAUUGAUGGGGACUACCAUGAGUGUGCCAAGGAUGCUAAAACUGCCUGCAAGCAGCUUGCUACCUACAUAGACUACAGGCGCUGUGAAGGUGUAGCUGAGAUUGUGGUGGCCCGCAACAUGUGUGAUGGUUUCCGUGGGAUUGUCCAAACUAUGGGCCUUGGCAAUCUCAAGCCUAACAUUGUGGUGAUGCGAUACCCUGAGAUUUGGCGCCGGGAGAACCUGACCUAUAUUCCAGCCACCUUUGUUAGUAUCAUCAGUGACUGCAUUGUUGCCAACAAGGCUGUUGUUAUUGUCAAGGGUCUCGAUGAGUGGCCCAAUGAGUACCAGAGACAGUAUGGUACCAUUGACUUGUACUGGAUUGUCAGAGAUGGAGGUCUCAUGCUUCUCCUCUCUCAGCUGCUGCUCACUAAGGAGAGCUUUGAGUGCUGUAAAAUCCAGGUCUUUUGCAUUGCUGAGGAGGAUGCAGAGGCAGAUGUGCUCAAGGAAGAUGUGAAGAAGUACCUCUAUGAUCUCCGGAUGCAGGCAGAGGUGAUAGUCAUAACAAUGAAAUCAUGGGAGGCCCACGUGGAGGGUUGUGGACAGCAGGAUGAGUCAAUGGAGGCCUUCACUGCAGCUCAGAGACGCAUAGCUGCCUAUAUAGCAGAGAUUAAACAAAUAGCUCGUAAGGAGGGUACCCCACUAAUGGCUGAUGGAAAACCUGUGGUUGUGAAUGAGCAGCAGGUGGAGAAAUUCCUUUACACAACCCUGAAAUUGAAUUCUACAAUACUCAGAUAUUCAAGGAUGGCGGCAGUGGUGCUUGUAAGCCUUCCACCUCCACCAGCCAGUCACCCAGCAUGCUUCUACAUGGAGUACAUGGAUUUAUUAGUGGAGAACGUGCCAAGACUGUUAAUUGUUAGGGGUUAUGGAAGAAAUGUUGUGACCAUUUUCACAUAACUGCUUGAAGUUGCAUAUCUAAAGAGCAGCUGCUUCUUUUUUUUUCUCUUUUUUUUGCUAUUAAUGUUCAUAUUCAUUUUUUCAUUCUUUUGGAAUGUUUAUAACAUGGACGUUUCAAUUCAUUCUUUGUAUGCUUUCUCUUGCUAACGGCAGGAGCCA